AUGGAUGCGACGCACCAGGGCCCUGAGUUCCAGGCUCCUGCCGAAGGUCUUCACUUGCAAGUGCGACUGGACGAUGCAAGAACCGAGAGUCUGGAGGCAUCUGACCAGGCAGCAAAGGACGUGGAGUCGCGUAAGGCAGCCGAGAAUCUCGAGAAGGACGUCCUUGUCACAGUCUUCAAGAAAGCUGAAACUCGAGGCGCCAGGUCCAAAGCUCGAGCUGGUCCGGGGCCUCGGGCGGGUGCCGCAGAUCUCGCAGAAACUUCAGCCGCCGACUUCGACCGGCGGGCCCUGAGAGGAUCAGAGGCUAUCGACGACGUUCCGAGCCUCAAAGAGAUGGAGGAGCUCUUGGGAGGAGAGCCCCGGGCCUUGAGGGACCUCGCGGGCUGGGUUGCGGAGCAGGUGGCUGUGGAUCGCUCCCGUGUGGAGGCUGCCCUCCAACUGCUCCAGGAUGGGGGCUCGGUGCACUUCAUCGCUUCCUAUCGCAAGGAGAUGACCGGAUGCAUGAAAGAGCAGAAGCUGCACGACAUUGAGAUGGAGAUGAAACGGGGACUGGCAUUAGAAACCCGGCGCAGGCAGGUGGCGCUGGAGCUGCAGAGCAAGGGGCAGCUCACCGAGGAGAGGAAGAAACAUCUGUUGGAGGCGGGAACAGAGCAGGAUCUGGAUGAUAUCUGGGCGCCCUUCCAACAUGCAGGCGGCAUGGGAGCUAGCGUGGGCGGCAUGGGCGCGCAAGACUUGCAGCUCCUGGCCAGUCUGCUGGAAGACUCGGCGAGGCAUGGCGAGGAAGUCUGCGAGAGCCCGGCCGAAGCGGCAGCGCGCCUUCUCCAGCUCUCUGGCCUGGAGGUCUUCGAAGAAGCAGAGUGUGCAGAGGAAGAAGACAACAGCAAGAAGCCCAAGGAGGGCAUGGAUGGGGCCGGCGAUGCUGAGGCCUUCAACAGCUCUGAGAACGGUUCCCCUAGUCUAGCUGAUGCUCAAAAGGUGCUGGGAGAUCAGUCGCAGAUCCGGAAGGAUGAGGCAGGCUGGAUCGCGGCCCAACUGGGCUUGGAGAAGGGCCACGUGGCAGGGGCGGUUCGCCUCUUCCAGGAGGGAAGCACGCUGCCCUUCAUCGCACGAUACCGGAAAGAGCAGACAGGCUCCAUGAACGAAGAGAGCCUGCGGCGCGUCGAGCGCGAGCUGAACCGUGUGAGGGACCUCGAGACGAAACGUGCCAGGGUUGCCCUGGCCCUGCAACGUGGGAAGCACCUCACCCCAGAUCUCGGCGAGAGCUUGCUGCAGGCGGAAAGCCUGGAAGACAUCGAUGCGUUGUGGGCGCCCUUCAAAGCCAAGAGGCAGACGCGGGCCCAGGUGGCAAAGUCUCUGGGCUUGGAGCCCUUGGCCAGCCUUUUGGAAGAGGCGGCCAAGCAGCUCGCACCACGGAAGAUGGAGGCCGAAGCCGUGACGCUCCAAGAAGCCGGGGCCGAGAAGCGCGAGGAGGCAGAGAAGCCCAGAGAGGUGGAGUUCCUGAAACCGGAGGCGCCAAUGCCGGAGAAGACGCUGGAGGAGGCGGCGGCGCAGUUCAUCACGGCCGAGGUUCCCAAUGUCGAGGCCGUCUUGAAGGCGGCCCGGGACAUCUUAGCCGAGCAGUUCGCGCACCGUGGAGACGUGCGACAGCUCGCCCGCAGCGUGCUCGAGAACAAGGUGCGGCUCGCAUCUCGCCGGCGCGGUGACGCCGACCCGGAGGGUCAGUUCAAGACGUACUGGGAGUUCAGCUCCCCGCUGCGGCAGGUGAAGCCGCAUCAGUUCCUGGCGGUGCAGCGCGGAGAGCAGAAGAAGUGCCUGAGCUUGACCUUCGCCAUCACGGCUGAAGACUCAACUUACUUGCUCGAUGCCCUGAUGGCCACCUUCCUGGGCGAUCGGCCGCGACAGGGCAUCGAAGCAACCCCGACGCCCAUGAGGGCAGCAGGGGGCCACUCAGGCCUCCCUGGCCGUGCUGCAUAUCGGGCAGAGAUUCGCAUGGCGCUGGAGGAUGCCUACAAGCGCCUGCUUCUUCCCUUCCUGGAGCGCGAGUGGCGCCGGCGCUUGAAGCAGCAGGCAGAAGACGAGGCUUUCGACACCUAUCGCCGGAACCUGAAGAAGAAGCUCCUACUAGCCCCUUUGAGACUUCAUCCCGAUUGGGGCUAUGCAGAAGAUUGCGGCUCCCCAGUGUCUGCCGUUCUGGGUGUGGAUCCCGCGUUUCGCACUGGCUGCAAAUGCGCACUGAUCUCGCUGACAGGCCAAGUCCUAUCCACCAAGACUGUGUUUCCGCACCCGAACUAUGCUGGAGCAACGGUGCCCCUGCCACAGGCCGAGACCGCCAGCCGCAACCUCAAAGAUCUGCUCGAGCAGGGCCUCGGCUUCAGCGAGGCGCCGGACCCCGAGGAGCUGGAUCCUCCGAGCUCUGAGAGACCACGGAAGAGGCGCUGCCUGGACUCCACGAGACGAGUUGUCUGCAGCUUGGGGAACGGCACGGCCAGCCGGGAGACGGAGGCUUGGCUACGCCAGCAGCUCAAAGCGUCGGACUUCCUGGCAGAUCGCGUAGGCUAUGCCGUGGUGGAUGAGUCCGGGGCCUCGAUCUAUAGCGCCUCAGAGCUCGCUGGCGCAGAGCUGCCGGAACUGGACGUGUCGAUGCGGGGCGCCGUGUCCAUCGCGCGACGCCUCUUAGACCCACUCUCCGAGCUGGUGAAGAUCGAUCCUCGGAGCAUAGGGGUGGGCCUCUACCAGCACGAUGUGGACCAAAGGCGCCUGGCAGAGGAGCUCAAGGGCGCCACCAUGGAUUGCGUGAACGCCGUGGGCGUCGAUCUCAACACGGCCUCGCCGGCAAUCCUGGAGCAUGUGUCCGGGCUGACGGCAGCCCUGGCGCAGAGCAUCAUCCGGCAUCGAAGCGACAUCGGCCGCUUCAAGUCCCGAGCGGACUUGCUGUCAGUACGAGGAGUGGGGCCCCGGACCUUCGAGCAGGCGGCCGGGUUUCUGCGCGUCUUCGCGGGCUCGGAGCCCUUGGAUGAGCUGCCGAUCCACCCCGAGAGCUACCCAGCAGCAGCGGCACUUCAGCGGCGCUGCGGCGGCGUGGAGAGCGAGGGGUAUACCAGAAGCCUCCGUGAGCUUUCGGACGAUGCCGAUGUUGGCGCUGAGCUUGGCCUGGGGCCAGAGACGUUGGCCGACUUGUGCAAUGCCCUGGCCGCCAGCUCCCAGUCGUCUUUGGAUCCGAGGCGUGAGGAGCCGACCAUGCGAAUCAAGGUGCCCGGGCGACCUGCUGAGAUCAAGGAGGGGGCUGCCCUAGACGCGCAGGAGGCUGGUUACACAGCUGACCAGCUACGAGCUGGAAUGCGCCUGCAGGGAGUAGUUCGAAACGUUGUGGCCUUCGGGGCUUUCGUGGAUGUGGGUGUGGGCCACGAUGGGCUGCUGCAUAUCUCAAAGUUUCCGUUGGGGGAAGCUGCGGCCAAACUCGCUGUGAACAGCCCGGUGGAGGUCACGGUGUUGAGCGCUGAGUGUCGACAAGACCACGGAGGUGCGGGAAAGGCAAAGUGGCGGAUCGGCCUGUCAGAACCUUCGACGCUCCAUCGCCAUGCCGAGUCAGUCUGGACCAGUGCGCUUCUACCUGGUCAGCAGGUUCUACCCGCCGAGCACGCGGCCUAUGCCCUGGAGGGUUUGGCAGACCAGUUUGGCGUCCGCCUCGAGCUCGAGGCCUUGCCUUUCCCUGCACUGGAGGCCGGUAAGAAUGUGUUGGUCACCGGCGGCGGCCGCGGCAUCGGUGAGAUGAUCGCAGAAGGAUUGGUCGUGAACCGGUGUUUCGUCAUCAUCAGUUCACGGGAUGCAAAGCAGUGCGAAGCAACCGCGUCACGUCUGAAUGCACUGGGGAAAGGAAAAUGUGUGGCUUUUGGCAGCGAUUUGGCCACACCUGCUGGGGUCGAGGCCCUCGCCGCGAAAGUGAAGGAGCUUACCGGAGGAAAGUUGCAUGCCCUGGUCAAUAACAGUGGCAAGGCCUGGGGCGAGCCUUUUGAAAACUACGACGUGCAGAAGGGUUUUGAAGACAUUCUUCGAAUCAAUGUCACCUCGCCAUUCCACCUGACGAAGCUCUGCCUGCCAAUGCUGGAGGCCGCCCAGAGCCCGGGGCAUCCGGCCAGUGUCAUCAACAUCAGCAGCAUCGACGGUAUGCGAACGCCACCAGCAGAGACCUACUCUUAUUCCACGAGCAAGACCGGUCUCAUCGCACUCACCAGGCACCUGGCGCGAGAUCUCGGCCCACGCAACAUCACGGUCAACGCCAUCUCGCCAGGGCCUUUUUUCAGCAGAAUGCUGGCGAGCAACUACAGGCCUGCGUACGAGAACUGGCAGAAUCCAGACCAUCCGGCAGUCAAGAGCUUCAAGGCCCACAUCGCAUCCGGGAAUCCCAUGAAGCGUCUGGGCGAGACGCACGAUAUCGCUGGGACGACGAUCUUCCUCAUCUCUCGCGCAGGAAGCUACGUGAACGGCGCCACGAUCAACGUCGACGGUGGGGUUUGGAUUGGAUCCAAGCUGUGA